AUGUUCAAGUUCUCACUAACAAUUGCUUUUGCUUUGACUUGUGGCGCCCAUGCCCAUACGGUUCUUCGGGAGCGAUCCCAAGAUGUAGAAAGUCAUUCGACCCAUACUCGAGCAAAAGUCACCAAAUCACAUUCGGCUCGCGAAGGUGAUGAACAUAUUAAUGACCUAGUCUACGGUGAAGAAUGUUCCAAGUUUAUCCUCGAUGGUUCUAUGUGGCAGCACGGCAAUCUCCCCGCCAUACUUUGCGGAGGAUAUGAGUACGAAAUGAUUACUUAUCUGGAGUUUGAAGAAGGUGAUGAGCUUGGUUUCAAUCCAUGCCAAGAGGCAUUGGAACUCGUCGGCGUCGAUCCCGCAAUAGAUACGAUUGAUAGUUUCAAUUUCGAGCAGUGCCUGGCUGACGUCGACACUUUUUUGGAUGAUGCUCUAGUCGACUCAAUGAUAAGUGCCGAGCAGUCGGCCCCUACUGGUGAAGACGAUGUUGCAUCGACCUUCUACGCAUUGUCUUGUAUCUUUUCCAUCGUUGACAUUGCCCAGAUUGGUUCUGAGAUUCAUCAAGAGGACUUUCCCGUUUCUCUUUGCUCCGGAUUUCAUAGUGAAAUGAUGUAUUAUCUUUCCAAGACCGAGGUAGACGAAGAAGGGCUUUAUCCAUGCCAAGAUGCGUUGGAGAAUGCCGGCUAUGAUGCCGCGAUUGACUUUAUUACCACUUUUGAUUUCGAAGUUUGCAUUGCUGAGGUCGACAUGACAGUUGACUUCCACCUCGGAGAAGCUUUUGGCCUUGAGGCAACCAUGGAACCUCGUGCUGCGUGUGUGGUGAAAAAUGGCUGUGUCUGGUAA